AUGAAAAACGCCCUUUCUAAAGCCUUCCCUGCAACAGCAGCCGUGGUAGCACUGCUGUCAGGCCAAGCGCACGCGCAAGAUGACAGCGGCAGCACAGUGAUCAACGUUUUCUGGAUCACCGAGACCACAUUGAGCCUGAACUCCAUCAACCAAUAUCCACUAGCAGCAUCAAUCGUCACGGCGGACUCUUCAUCCACGGUCGUGGCAGUCGAGUGUGCGGGACCCAGCAUCGACACGAGUGUCUGCGGCACCGAGGCCCAAACCAUCACCUAUGGCUCGACGACAUGGGUGGCCUCAGAGACCACCGGCAAUUUGGGUGUCACCAUGCAGUGCUCGAUCGCCCAGAACUCGGAAAGUGCAGUGUGCACGGGGGAAAUCGAUGCGCCCGAGCAAAUCAUCAACGAUCCGUUGAUCAAUUCAUCCGAGGCGAGUGAACUACUUACGGCCACGACUGUCGACGUGCUCUCGACGGCUUAUAGUGGGACUCUCAGCUCAACGGACUUCACAUUCUUGCCCAUCACUGUCACUGCAGGACAGGAGAAAUUGGCAGGCGGGAGCCGCGCAGCUGAUUCUUCCUCAUCGUCGUCGUCUAGUGGUGCCGAUGGCAAUGCCAAUGCUAAUGGCGCAGGAAGCUUCAAGUCGAAUUUGGGUCUGAGUGGAUGGAUGGCUGGCUUCCUGGGUCUGGUCAUGAUGGUGUUGUAG